AUCUCAUGCAACACAAAAAAUGUAAUUAAAUAGUUUUCUUGCACAUUUGUUUCUGAGAUCGAACCACCCCCCAUCCCACUAGACGUAUCUGACAGACAAGUUACUUAAUUAGUUAACUCGCAAUGCAUUCCAUGGACGUGAGCAGAUGCUGCAGCGUCAUCUUCCUGCUGGCCUGCUUCUGCUUCCUGCAACAGACGCAUUCAGAGAGUCAAAGUUCGCCACGUUAUCUGCAAAACAUUGACAUCGGCAGCAACGCCAGCAACAACAACGAAAGACUGCAGCAGAUCCUGAAGGGAGCAGGAGCGGGCGCCACGCAAAUCAAUUGGCCAACACGCUCCAAGCAGGGAAUACCCGACAUUAAGACUGAGUUAGCCAAACUAAAUACCACCUAUAUCUACCAGAAUGCCUGGCCAGCGAACAAUGUGAAGCUGGGCGCUGUGACGGCCGUGAGCUUCGACAAGGCCGGCAAUGUGGUCAUCUUCCAUCGGGUGGACCGCAUCUGGGGCCAGGACACUUUCGACAAUGCUAAUCAGUAUCGAGAAAAGUACCGCGGGCCCAUUCGGGAGAGCACUGUACUGGCCCUGGAGCCCGCCACCGGCCGCGUGCAAUACGAUUGGGGCAAAAACUUCUUUUACAUGCCACACGGCCUGACCGUGGAUCCCGACGACAAUGUCUGGCUGACGGAUGUGGCCAUGCAUCAGGUGUUCAAAUUUGCGCCACGUGGCGCUGGCAACAAGCCCCUGCUGACGCUCGGAGUGGCCUUCCAGCCAGGCUCCGGCAAAAAGUUCUGCAAGCCCACCUCUGUGGCCAUCCUGGAUAACGGGGACUUCUUUGUGGCGGAUGGCUACUGCAAUGCCCGCAUCCUCAAGUACUCCAAGUCGGGCGAGCUGAUACUGCGUUGGGGCCAGAACUCCUUUGCCGGCGUCUCCUAUGACGUGGCACCGCAGAACUACUUUGCCAUUCCGCAUGCCCUGACUCUGGUGCCAGAGCUGGAGCUGCUGUGUGCCGCCGACCGGGAGAACGGACGGGUGCAGUGCUUCAGCUCUAGAAACGGCACAUUCCACUCGCAGUACCACAAUCCACUGAUUGGCGAUCGACUGUUCAGCAUGGCCUAUACCCCGGCAUCAGGUGGAGAGCUGGUCAUUGUCAAUGGCCCCAGUGCAGAGUUGGGCAUCCAUCCGGAACACUAUAACGAAGUCCAUGGCUUUGUGAUGAGCAUGAGGAACCGGCAAUUGGUGUCCAAAUUUGGGCCAAACAAUUUGGAGUUCCAGAAUCCACACGAUGUGGCCGUAACAGCCGAUGGCAAUGAGAUUUAUGUGGCCGAACUAAAUCCCAUGCGUAUCCACAAGUUCUUGCACAAAUCGAUGGCCAAGCCCAUGUCACUGUCGGCCACAAAAGAGGGCAAAAGCAUUGGCGAUGUGCCCGCCGAGACACUGGCAGCGGAAGUGGACCCAAGCCAGACGGCGGCGACGACGACGACACACCAUCCCAGUGGCAAGGCCGUGCUGGUGGCCUCGCUUAUGCUGAUAUUUUCUGGCUCCACCUUUGCGCUGGCCCUGAUGAUGGCCAGGCGGCGGAAACGAGGUAAUGAAGCCAUCAACAAUCAAGCGGCCCCGCCCAGCGAUCUGGUCUACCGCAAGCUAACUGCAUCCAACCAGAGUUGCCUGCCGUUUGGUGCACGCAGUCGGCGACAUGCCUGGGAGAAGGCAGAGGGCUUCAAGCUGGGCGGACUGUUGGACAGGGAUCGCAACGGGUUCGAGAAGCUCGACCAGCAGGCCAGCGAUGAGGAGCAGGAGACAAGCACACUGUCGAGUGCCGCCGCCCCAUACGCCUAGGCAGCAGGACCAAGACUUAUGUACAUCUAACUGAAGAAUCAUUCCUAGCCUAGUUCUAGUUCUAACUACCUGUACCUCACUUUUACACUCUCUUUUAUACCAUUCUCCGAUCGAUUUAAGUUCUCCCCCUCGAGAUCACUUGAUUUCAGAUGUAUUCUUAUGCAUUUUCUAACUGCGAUUGAGCUCAAUCCUUUUGAUUUGCCAAACGAAACAGGAAUAUAUUGAUUGUAGCCUUAUGAAACUCCA